GGUCGCGCCGCUGCAUCCCCAUCCUCGUCGCCCGGCACAGCGCGAGCCGGCGAACGGCAGCGGGCCGGAGCGGGCGCAGCGCCGAGCCCCGGCCAUGGCCACCACCAGCACCACGGGCUCCACCCUGCUGCAGCCCCUAAGCAACGCCGUGCAGCUGCCCAUCGACCAGGUCAACUUUGUAGUGUGCCAACUCUUUGCCUUGUUAGCAGCCAUUUGGUUUCGAACUUAUCUACAUUCAAGCAAAACUAGCUCUUUUAUAAGACAUAUAGUUGCUACCCUUUUGGGCCUUUAUCUUGCACUUUUUUGCUUUGGAUGGUAUGCCUUACAUUUUCUUGUGCAAAGUGGGAUUUCCUACUGCAUCAUGAUCAUAAUAGGAGUGGAGAGCAUGCACAAAUACUGUUUUGUGUUUGCUUUGGGAUACCUCACAGUGUGCCAAAUCACUAGAGUCUAUAUCUUUGAUUAUGGACAAUAUUCUGCUGAUUUUUCAGGCCCGAUGAUGAUCAUCACUCAGAAGAUCACCAGUUUGGCUUAUGAAAUUCAUGAUGGGAUGUUUCGAAAGGAUGAAGAACUGACUCCAUCACAGAAGGUCUUGGCUGUAAGGCGCAUGCCAAGCCUCCUGGAGUAUGUAAGUUACAACUGUAACUUCAUGGGCAUCCUGGCGGGCCCACUCUGCUCUUACAAAGACUACAUUACUUUCAUUGAAGGCAGGUCGUACCACAUGACACAGUCAGGUGAAAACGGAAAAGAAGAGGUGCAGUAUGAGAGAACAGAGCCAUCUCCAAACGAAGCCGUGGUUCAGAAACUCCUGGUGUGUGGGCUCUCCUUGCUCGUUCACUUGACCAUCUCCAACAUGUUGCCUGUGGAGUACAACAUUGACGAGCGCUUUCAAGCCACAGCUUCAUGGCCAACCAAGAUUACCUAUCUGUACAUGUCUCUACUGGCUGCCAGACCUAAAUACUAUUUUGCGUGGACCUUAGCUGAUGCUAUUAACAAUGCUGCAGGCUUUGGUUUCAGAGGAUAUGACAGAAAUGGAGCAGCUCAUUGGGACUUGAUUUCCAAUUUGAGAAUUCAGCAAAUAGAGAUGUCAACAAGUUUCAAGAUGUUUCUUGAUAAUUGGAAUAUCCAGACAGCUCUUUGGCUCAAAAGGGUGUGUUAUGAACGGGCCUCCGUCAGUCCAACCAUCCAGACUUUCUUUCUCUCUGCCAUUUGGCAUGGGGUAUACCCAGGAUACUAUCUGACCUUUUUAACAGGGGUAUUGAUGACAUUAGCAGCACGAGCUAUGAGAAACAACUUUAGACAUUAUUUCCUCAAAACUCCCCAACUUAAAUUAUUUUAUGACAUCAUAACAUGGGCAGUAACUCAAAUAGCAAUAAGUUAUACAGUUGUGCCAUUUGUGCUUCUUUCUAUAAAACCAUCAUUCACGUUUUACAGCUCCUGGUAUUACUGCCUUCACGUCUGUAGUAUCUUAGUAUUAUGGUUGUUGCCAGUGAAAAAGACUCAAAAAGGAAAGAAUAUACAUGAAAACCAUCAGCUCUCACAGUCCAGAAAGGUUGACGAAAGAGAAAAUUCUUUGGGAGAGGACAGUUUCUCCACAACAAACAGCAUUUGCAAUCAGAACCAAGAAAAAGCCUCUAGACCACCUUCCUCAAGGCAGUGAUGGGGAGGCCUUCCUGCUGACUGCCUUUCUUGUGUUCACAGAAACCAGUCUUAGCACCUUCGCAAGGGGUUUGUGUUUGUUUGAAAAGAGAUUAACGGGGGAAAUGGGACAGCUAUAGGUAGGGAAUUUCCUAUAAACCAGAGUGGAAACGGAAAGAAGCAGCCCUCCCAUGCCAUGUCCCUGUGGGCCACGCCUUAUAUAAAAAUAUUUUCAUAUUUCAUGGGGCAUUCCAACCUCAGCAUAUGUCCACAAGGUCAUAUGUGUGCCCUGUUGCCGAAUGUAUGUUGUGUACCCCAAGGCACUGCAGAGGUGGAAAACUUAUCGUGUCCGUCUGAAUGAUUGAGGGGGUUAACUUUUCCAAAUGAAUGUCUUGCCUUAAACCCUCUAUUUCCUAAAAUAUUGUUCCUAAAUGGUAUUUUCAAGUGUAAUAGUAUGAGAAGAUUAUUUCAAUAUUUGAUGUUGUAUAAUGUAAAGGAAUUUAGAAGGAAUUUGAAACAGGAUAUUUAAGAUGGUAGAUACUUUAAAAAUGCAAUAAACAUCUCAGUAUUUGAAGGGUUUUCUUAAAGUAUCUCAAAUGACUACAGUGCAUAGUGAAACUGUAAGCAGUAAUGGAUGCCAAAUUAUAGGUAGCUUAUUUUGCUGGAGAGCUUAAUUACCUUGUGUUAGUCAGAGAGUCCUUCCA